GCCGCCUCCCGCUGGUCCGACGAGGACGGGGCCGCAGGGCGGCCGAGCGAGGCUGGAGCCCCGGCCGCCCGACCGCGCGGAGUUCUUGCGGCGGCUGCUGAUCUCGAUGGGCGACGUAGAGCGCGUGGGGUUCGCGAAGCUGGCCGAGCUGGGCGCUGGGCCCCUGCGCGAGGUGCGCACGGCCGGCGGCGGCAGCCAGAACGAGGCGUGGCGCCUGGUGCGGGAGCGGAUGCUCGGGGUUCCGGUCUCUCGGGCGGAGCACAGCGACGCGGCGUACGGCGCGGCGCUGCUGUCGCUGCGCGGCCUCUGA